ACAUACCGCACGCCGACGGCCACAAGGUCGCUCUGCUGCUGUCUCUGUCGAAUAGGAUCUUCUCCACGUAGGUGUCGGCCCAGACGGUCAGGUUGCCGCCCAACCUAGCCAUGGGCAUGAGUGUCAAGAGUAGUACAUGUAAUCCCGUUGAUUGAGUAAGUAUAAGGUUAAGUUACAGUACGCCAUACGGCAGGAUGAAGGGUUCUUUAUACAUUCCAGCAUGCGGAUCGUCAAGUAUCACCGCCUUCCACUUCUGACAAUGAGCUCCAUCUCGUAGUGAUAGAUAAGAUGCACAAACGAGAUCAACAUCUCCAGCUCGGCGAUCCACCGCCCGCGGCAGUCGCUUUCUCAACCGUGGCUAGAUCUGCCAUCAUCUCCAGCCAACCUGGAUUACACCAGAAUGAGGAGAGUAUUACGAAGUACGCACCCAGUAUGAUGGGAACGUCCUCGUCAUUGCGAGUGCCCGAUCAUCCACUGCUGAAUGGUGCGGAAAGCACGCUGGAAUGCCCUUACUGCCACAUGGCUCUAUACGUGGAGGAGAUGAAGCAUCGGGAAAACUGGAAACGCCAUGUGUUUCGCGACUUAAGACCUUACGUAUGCACUUUUUCCGAUUGUACUGAUCCAGAGCGACUUUUCACCACACGGCGCGACUGGAAAUAUCAUGAGAUGCAAUUGCACCGCCGAGGAUGGAUUUGUCGGCAAUGCAGUUGCCAUUAUGAGCUAAAAUCGGAAAUGGUUCACCGCAUUCGACAUAUACACAAUCCCAACAUAGAGAACCAUGUACUUGCUACGCUUUUGGACGUAAGCGAGCGGCCAAGCGAUGAGAGCAGUCAAGGCAGAUGCCCAUUUUGUUAUGUCACUAAGAGUACGAAGAGUUUAUUAGAUCAUAUGGCAGAGCAUAUGGAAGAGUUGGCACUGUUUUCACUGCCUCAGAGCAUGGUCGAGGAAGUUGAAGAGGAAAUACCUGGCACCCAUUUCGCGUCACAGAUGCAAGGAGACUUGCCUGAUACUAAAGUCCUACAUGAAUUUUCUAACGAACCCACAGGUGCGCGAGGGGAAUCUUUUGCAACAGUGAAAGGUAAAAUAAUGGGGAUUAGCCUUACCUUGGCUGAGGAGAGAGUUGGCGAGGAACAAGUCAAGAAGGGAAAGGUGCGCGGAUCAACACAAUUGACAGUGUAUUUUUGUUGCUAUUGCGGGAACGGCCCUUGGAACCUCACCGUUACUUUAGAAUGCGGGCUGUGCGCACAUAGUUUGUGUGAACAUUGUAGGGCCGAGACGAUUACCCUAUAGUUUCGAGAAUUUGACCGCUUGGCGGGCCCCUUUUUUACAUAGCCACACCUUCUAAAGCCUACUUAGGUAGGUAUGCAUCUCCAUAGGUCAUCAAUUUCAUCACUUUUAUUUAAGCAGCUGC